CGGUUACGGGGCACUAGGAAGGACAAAAGGCAUUGUUCUCUGUCGGGCUGGGCGGACAGGAGGGUCCCGUGGAGGAUGGAGGAAAAACUCCCCAGCGGUAUCAAGCCCUACCUGGACAAGCUCACCCUGGGCGUCACAAGGAUAUUGGAGACUUCCCCAGGAGUUGCUGAAGUGAAUUUUGUGGAAAAGGAGCCAGCUGAACGCCACACAAUCGUCUCUUGGGAGCAAAAAAACUCCUGUGUAUUACCUGAGGAUUUAAAGAACUUCUAUCUGAUGACUGAUGGCUUCCAGAUGACCUGGAGUGUGAAAACUGAUGAUACCCCAAUGCCCCUGGGCUCCAUGGUGAUUAACAGUGUCUCAAAGCUGUGUCGGCUUGGGGGUUCCUCUAUGUACACUCUGCCUAGUGCUCCAACUCUCGCUGACCUGGAAGAUGACACAGAUGAGGAAGGUAAUGGAGACAAACCAGAGAAGCCACAUUUUGAUUCUCGUAGUCUUAUCUUUGAAUUAGACCCAUGCAAUGGGAAUGGGAAAGUUUGUCUUGUUUAUAAGCAUGCUGAACCAGUGGUCUCCCCAGACACAGAGAUCUGGUUCCUGGACAGAGCUCUGUAUUGGCAUUUCCUCACCAAAACCUUCACAGCCUACUACCGCCUGCUCAUCACCCACCUGGGUCUCCCACAGUGGCAGUAUGCCUUCACCAGCUAUGGGGUCAGCCCCCAGGCCAAGCAAUGGUUUAACAUGUAUAAACCCAUAACCAUCAACACUGCACUCCUGUCUGAAGAAGCUGACUCAUUUGUGAACAAGCUGGACCCCAAUAAGGUAUUUAAAAGCAAGAACAAAACUCCAGUGCUCAAGAAGAAACCACCUUCACAGCCACCAGGCUCCCAAAAGAGUCACACGACCACGGCCUCCGCCAAGACACCCUCACUAGCUAGCAAUUCUUCAAGGAAGUGAGCCUGCCGGAUCUGACCCUGGACAACAUUUGCAAUAAGCUUUAAUGUUUUCUACUGCAGAGUCUCAGUCUUUCAGACCAAGUUCCUUGUGCAUGAAUAGAUGUGCUCAUGGAAAACACAUUGCAGCACUUGCAUGAAAUAUAGCUGUGAUGUGGAUGUAGUUCCUGGAGACCCUUAAAAAAAAAAACUUGAAACAUCAAUUUUAUUCUCUUCUGCUACUUGCAGCCCGUACUUUUCAGAGGGCAUGAAGAAACCUUUGAUGUCACUGCUCCAUAGGGAAGCUUUUGUACAACUGCAGCAGUGAAAUUAAAGCAAAUGUAAUUCAGUGUAACUUUAACAGACCCAUGCUGAAGUAGAGGGUGUGAAGAUGUUUCUGCCAUGUCCUUUGACAGAAAACUGUCCUGAUCUUGCAUGCUGUCGGAGCAGACUGGAACCCACUGAGCACAAAAGUAUCUUUCACUCCAGACAGAAUCAAACUCUGCAUUUCCCCAUGCUUCAUCCAACUUCUGCUAUGAGAUUCAUGGUACAAUGGGACUCAGGAUUUCCAUGUCUCUGCAUUAGUCUAGCCACUUCCUCUGCAUCCCAGACCACUUUUUGGCCUUCAUGCUGUAUCUUUUCAGAUGAUAAUAUGGUUUAGAAUAAUCCUUAAGCAGAAGCUGUGAGAUCCUUUGUUGCCUCCCUUUUGUGGGAACUGCUGAGCAGAGAGUCAAUGGUAUUGAAUCCCAUCAGCCAGGAGGACCCCUUGGUUUGUCACACAUUCAUUUGCAAAGCUGACCAUUGAAACAGACACUUUUCAGUUGUGCAGGAUCUCACCAGGGGCCACUGAGAUCCUACAGCCUUAGAAGCCCCUGAUGCUGUUUUCUAUACUGUGAGAUUUCAGGUUAGAGCUGCACUUUAACCCAUUCACUGCUGGUUUUCAGUUACUCCUGUUUGUUUCCAUUACUUUUCUAUGCUAUUCUGUCUUCCAAAUACACUGAACUCAUGGUAGCACCCAACACAUUUUGUGCCUGAAUAUGGAAAUUUAAAUCACUGUCUUCAAGUAAGCAUUGCCUAUUUAAACAGCCUCAUCUCUAAUUUUUGGAACCACCACAUAAUUACAUAAGACAAACCUACCUCACAGGGAUGUUGUGAGGCUUUCAUGAGUAUUCUGAGGACUUCAGAAAGAUGAAGCCAUCCUGUAAGUGCUUAAUAGUAUUUUAAUAAAUAUUUGAAUAUUUUCCUCCAAAGUGAUUGGGUAUUUGAAGAUGCUUUGGGGAGCACAUGCACAAAAGGAUGCAAAGGAUGUAUGGCAAGAGCAAUGUUCAGGAUGGAUUGUUUGGGGUGUUUUUUUAGUUCUUAGUAGAGAACUUGUCAGUAGAGAAUUGAGAAGGAAUGGGUUACUUUUAGCUUUUAGCUAAUUCUUCUUGAGCUACUCAGAAAUUCCAUUUAUUUCACACAGGCCAAAAGACUGAACUGUGUGGCAGCUGUUCUACUUGUAUCCUGCAGUCACUGUACAAAAUCUCUGCAGCCAUCAGCUCCUGCUCAGGCGUAUUUUGGUGCUUCCAGCACUGCCAAGGUCCUCUUCAAAUGCUGUUUCUGUGUUGCUUGGCAGCCACUGUCUGCCACCCCCAGAUGACAAAAAUCCUCUAAUGCACCCUCUCAAGCCCAUGUGCAUCUUGAGACAGGAGAAGAUCUGUUGUAGCUGCUCUACUGAUAUGAAGGGAUCUCUAACAAGAAAGCACACGUGAGUACUUCCCACCCAGUCCCACUCCAUGCCAUGGUAAUAGCUUACUUAUCCUUUUCAUAUUGGGAUGGGAAUGAUCAUUACAGUCAGUAAAUCCCUUUUCUGGAAUUCCAUGCAGUGAUGUUCUGUCACUUCCUAGUCUUGGAGAACUCUGUGUUGUUUAUUCAUGGCAUCCAGCCCUGGGACUGCAGUUAUGUGCUUGACAAACAUACCAGACUUGCUUAAGCACUUUCUAGAAAAGUUUAAGAGUGUUGUCACCCUCCUGGGAACAGGCAGCUUCUCAUAGUGUUCUGCUUUUAAUCCAGUGACAGCUCCAACUUGUAAGGCUGUUGCAAGCCCACUUCCAAGGUGGAGGUAGCAGAAUUCCUGCAGCAGUGGGGCAACAUCUCAUUUCUCAUGUAUUCAGAGUAGAAAAAAAGUAUGAGGGGGAGGGCAGUUUAUUCAAGUUUUCAGAGACACUGUCACAGAAGUUCUCUGACUUCUUCCCUGUGGUGGGAGUUGGUGUAGCUCAAGUCUAGAGUGUUAGUACACACAUGGUUCUUUGAUGCUAGCGUGUUCCUGCAGAACUGUGGCAGCAUUCAGGAGACUAAUUUAGUUUAGUAAUUUUUUAAUACUUCCUGAAUGUUCAGAUAAAAACAAAACAAAACAAAAUAAAACAAUACCCAAAAAACAAGCAUGGAAAAAAACAACCCAGCAGGUUUCUGUUUCUAUUUUAGACUGUCCUUGUUUUUCUCUCUUUGUGCUGUUCCAAGCUAGGUGUUUGUUAGGGUGACAGAUAUGCAAAUGAAGCAAGCCUAGGCCCUUGGUCCAUCACUGUAGUAUCUGCCUCUUACCAAAGAAUAUUCGAGAUCAAAAUUUCUGUGUUAACUAAAUAUUGUUGUUUCUGCCACUGUCAAUGCCUGUAUUUUGUCAAUUAAUAUAUAUGUAUCUAGAGACUUGUAGCUCUGCUUUGCUUUUCUUCAGAAUAUGAUGAUUGUUUGGGGAUUGAGUUUUGGAUUGGGUUUUUUUGUUUGUUUUUGGGGUUUUUUGAGGGGUUGUUUUUUUUUUUGUAUAUUUUUACGCAGGGAGAUUGAAUCUUUUCUUGAGAUCACAGUCAGGUCUAGCCCUACACAGGCCUGCUCAAUAUUUCAGAUACCAAGUUUGUCUGUUUAAGCAGUGUAGGUUUACUGAAAUCGAGUCUCUCAUCCCUCAUCCUUCAUCCAUCACAUGAUCCACAUCCAGCUGCAUAGUAGACAAACAGAUGUGCCCUUCACAUGUGUCAUCACAGCACAUGGCUGUCACAGUCUGGAAGCCUCCAUGCCUUCCUGCUCUUUCUCAUGUUCAGUUUCAUGGGCAGGGUAGUUGUGAAAACCAAUGAAGAGUUUAUAGAUUAACACACCAGCAAGACAUCCCAGAAUUGGAGCUGUGACUGGGAUCCACCACCAGGCGUGCUCAGUCCUAAAAUGAAACACAGAAGAGGCAGCUGGUGAGCCCAACUGGAACCACUGCCCUGUCACCACAUCCUGCUGGAGUGGGAGUGAGCUGUGUGAGCAGAGGAGUCUGUUCCACUCAAGGCACUAAGCCUACAAUUGGCUUAGACAAAUUCACUGUCCCCCCACUUAAUUGCUGGAGGGAAGGUCAUUUUCCCCAUCAGCAUGGAAAGGUGGCUUCACACUGCAGGUUUCUUGUUCUCCAAAAGAAAUGGGCUGUGUGGUCUUGAUGAAUGGGACUCUCAGACAGACAUAGGCAUUUUGCUUCCCUGUUUCCAAUAAAAUCUAUGAUUCCUCUA